GGCUGUCAGAAGCUGCUGGAGAAUGCGUGGAGCUGAAGCUGGUUUUGGCCGAGCUUGCUAGAGGAGAGUCUCUGAGGUCAUUGGAUGCCCUUGAAUCCCAGAAGUCCUGGCAUACUCUGGUGACUCAGAUGCCAGGUCGCGCGAUCACAAGGUAUUGGUGCCGGGCAGCUACGCGGCGUGGAUUGGGCGAGGAAUGGAGGCUGCUGAAUGAGAUAGAAGAAGGCCAAGCAUUCGGUGCUGCGCCCGAAUUCAAGGAAGUUAUGGACAGGCGAGCAGCAGUCGCUUUGCAAUUUGCAGACCACGCCACUCUUUCGCGGAAAAAGUUUCCACAGCCCAGAGCAGUGCAAGCUGGACUUCAGCGAUGGGCAAACGGCAAGGUGACGUCGCCUAUGUGCAAAGGGUUUGAGGAUGAUAGUCUUGCCUGGGCGGGCUUGCCGCAUCAGUUUCCGGGGGCUCCAGAACACGAGCUGAUUUGCUUGUGGCGCUUGGCGCUUGGUGGUGGAGACACUCGUCGAACUCUCAGGGCGGCGCUCGGCUUUGCAUCCGUGCUUUCUGGGGCGCAGAAGACUGAGCUUCAGUGGCACAUUGCGCUCGCAACGGCAAUGUCUUACUUUCCGGCCUCUUUCCCUCCUGUGCCCCAAUGGGCCUUGCGGGCAAUUCUCCAUGAGUCCCAAUCGGAUUUGGGCACGCCUGAGUCCAUCUCAGCCUACUUGGGAUCAUUUCAAUGUCUUCUUGUCCUUUCUGAAGACGAGUGCCGACACGAGCCCGGUGUGCGGCCGACCAAGGCGGAGAGCCAACAGUGGCAACAAUUCAAGCAGCAUGAGACAGCCGAGCUUGAGAGGCUCCAAGAAGUAAGCUUGCGCUUGGCGGAAGAGAACUUGUUGAUCACACAGGAAGAGCAAGAAGUGCGCUCCCAACAGACGGUUCUUCGCGCUGAGCUGUCCGUGGCAAGCCAGAAUUUCGAGGAGGUCAAAAUGGACUUGGAGAGAUUACAGGCUGGUUUCAAGGAAUUCCGAUCGCAGGAGGGGUGGAUGAGCGUGGUCCAUGACGUGAGAUUCAAAGUCGUGGGCGGGGAUGAGCAGAGGCAGUACGAGAAGGAUUUGAAGUCCCGCCAGCGACAACUUGAGAAUUUGCGAAUGAAAAGGACCAACCUUGAGAACAGGCUGAGUGUCUUGGCUCAGGAAGCGCGCCAAAUUCAGAGCAAGCGCAUGGUUUAUGAACAAAACAAAAGCCGCGCGAUCAAUGAAAAGGACAUGUUGCGAAAGCAGAAGCACGGGAAGAAGCAACUCAGAGAAGUUGGCAUCAUGCAGACAGUGCAACAAAAUUGGGAGUUCCACAAUGCUUACUUCCAUGUAGUGGAAACAGUCGAGGAGGAACAACUCAAUGAGGAGUUGGAUAUGAUCGAAAAUCAUCGCGUGUCCUCCAAUCAUAUGCCCUUCCGGUCACGCAGCGCGUUCAAAACAGCCAGACAAAUUGCGCCAGAUAAAUUCACGCAGCCCAUCAUCCAGAAGGCGCAGGAGAGCUACACAUUUUGCCACGCGCACGUGGCGAGCAGGUCAGCUCGUUGCGUGAAAUCUCAGUUCCAGGCAGUUUUGAAGGCCCAGAUGACUGCGAGGACGAAGCAAGUCGUGCAGAAGCUGGAUGAUAUGUUCGAAGCUUGGGACGGAGAAGACUGGGAGAUCUAUCAGACAACCCAGGAGGAUGAGAUCUGGCCACUGAGAAGGGCUGCCAGUCCUUAUCGACCAGCCUUGGCGGCAGAAGUCCAAGCCAUUGCGGAUGCAUGGGGAUCGGUGUCAGACAAACUCCAUGCAUGGAUCCGAGAUGGCGCUGGUGAUGAUGCCCUGCACCAGCAGGUGGUCUUUGCUUUGGAUGAUUUAGCAAAAAUGGGCGGAUUUUCUGCGGCAGCAGCAGAGCUGAAGCAUGUUUUGCAGCAGAGUCGAGUCAGGCUGGACGUGCAGGAGAGCUUGCUGGAAAAGCUGGAAAGGAAUGCCCGCAUCUGGGCCAGAGGGCGCUUGGCGCAUCGUUUGUUCCAAGCGUAUGAAAGUGUGCAGGCACGAUGCCCGCAAUGGGAGUUUCCGGGAUGUUUGCAGUCAGCACUUCUCGCAGCUGCGCAGCCCAUUGCGGGCCAAGCAUUUCCACAUCUUGGAUUGCCUAGCUUCCAAAAGGUGCGUGAAGAGCUGUCGAGUCGACUGCGGCUUGGCAUUCCACCAGCCGAGAAAGUCGGCAGGCUGAGUUUUCCAUUGGUGAUCCCACCUGGCUCUGUUGUGGAACGGAAGCUCCGCCAAGGUCCGGGAAGCUCGCUGUGUCGGAGCUUGCAAGAAAGUUGGGAUGCGGAGUUUGCACGCCCUCAGGGCUCGGAGUUGUUGGCCAAACAGAUCUUCCAAAGCGAUGAAACCCGAAGGUCCUUUGCUGAGCUCGCGUGCAAAGAGGCCGCAGCUCUCCACCAAUUGCUCCUAGAGUCAUGGCAGAGUCUUCUUCAGACAGUGACGGAUGCGGUGCCGAAGGAUGCCAUGGGCGAAGCCUUCAAAGCCUUGCAGGCAACACAUGCAAGCAGGCCAGCGCGGCGGGGGAGCCUUGUGGCCUUGCUGGCUGCGCCGCCUGGUCAGCAUCCAGACUUGAAGGCCCUGAAUCCAUUCUUCCAAAAUCAGACCUUUGGCAGAUUUCCUCGGUGGACGGCAGACAUGGCAGAGCUGGGCAUCCCAGAGCCGCUGCAGCAGGCCGUCCGGGAGAUUGUCCAGCUUCAGGGCCUGGUCACAGCUGUUUGCCGCACGGCGCAGGAGUUGGCGGGAGGCAUCAGCGCCACCCUGCAGCGACAGGUGGCCGACCUUUUAGAGGUGUGCGCGGAGCCAAAACCGGGCGAGUGGCUGCAGUUCGAGUGGGAGCAGCGCUUGAUGUGCCGACCUGUGCAACUUCAUGUGGCAAAGAAGAUGAUGGCGUCCAACUUCGACAAGCAAGUUCUUCAGUUGAACAUGGGCGAGGGCAAGAGCAAAGUCAUAUUGCCCUUGCUGUGCGCUUCGGUGGCCGAUGGCAGCCAGCUGGUCCGAGUGGUUUUGUUGAGAUCAUUGCUGGACAGCUCGAUCGACCAUCUUCGCAAUGUCCUCGGUGGCAUGCUGGGCCGAAGGGUCUAUGUGCUGCACUUUGACCGCACCAACAUCAUCACCGAAGAAUCCGUUCACGCGCUUAUGAGCCAACUCCGGGAAUGCAGGAGGACGGGGAGCGUCUUGCUCAUGGCUGAAGAAUCCACAAGAAGCCUACAACUGAAGCUUCGAGAGUGCUGUCUCAAAGGUGAAUCAGCAAAGCUUUGCGCUGAGUUUGCAGGAGUCUUUAGCAAGGGGCUUCAUUCUGUGGUGGAUUUCUUCGAUGAGGUCGACGAAUCCUUGCGAUUGCAGAACGAGCAGAUCUACACGCUUGGCUCGCGCCAGGAACUGGACGGAGGCUUGAUGCGCUGGAAAGUGCCAUUUGCGAUCUUCCGCUUGCUGAAGAUGGCGAAGACGCAGCAGCUUCUUCAGCACCUUUCCUCGUCUCAUGCCAUCGAGAUGGCCAGUGCCCUGCCUUGUGGCAAGGAAUUGACAGGUGCUGAAUUCCCGCGCUUGCGUUUUGUGGAGCUCCCUCGAAACAGCGAAAGUUGGAAGGAGAUGGCAUUUCAUCUUUGUCAAGGAUUGCUUGGAUCCCACGAAACGCAGAGCGAAGAGCAUGAGAAGCUGGGUGGCCUUCGGGAUCUUUCCUUGCAAGCCCGUGACAAGCUCAGCAAGCUUUUGUUGGAUCCUGACUUGACAGAAGAGCAGUGCAGUGAGAUCCUUGCAUCCAUCCGAGAGUACGAUGCCAAUCCAUCCUUGCCAUGCGCGGCUCUUACAGCCAGGGGCCUGUUUGCGGGUGACAUCCUGCGCUCAGCCUUGCACAAGAGGCACAGGGUCGAGUUCGGAGUGGACAACAUCACCUGGCGCAGUGGAAUGGCAGUCCCAUUCCGAUUCAAAGAUGCCCCUAGUGAGAGAACCGAGUUUAGUCAUCCCGAUUUGGCCAUAACCCUAACGCUUCGUGCCUACCUGGAGGAUGGCUUGACCCGUGAGUCCUUCCAACGAGUACUGGGAUGGUUGAAGGACCUGCCACUCCGGGAGCAGGGUCGUCGUUACCGCCGCUGGCUCUUGAUGGCUGCUUCGAGGGACGACUGCGCAACCGAGACACUGGACAAGGCUGUCGCCCGGCGGCUGGAGUUGCCGCGGAAGGCGGAGGGGUUGGACCUGGAUGAUGGGGGCAUGGUGGAUUCUCUUUGGUCGAAGCUGGCGAAGAAUAUGCAGGUGAUUCAGGACUUCUUGGAGGAGUUUGUCUUCCCAGAAGAGACCCGGCAGUUUCCGUUCAAGGUUUCAGCCAACGCCUGGGAUCUAGCAGCUGGGCGUCUUCGGGGCUUCUCGGGGACGGCGGACAACCGGCAGCUGCUGCCACUGGGUGUGCGACAGUACGAGGACCAGAUGCUGCGCCACACUGAUGGGCAUGCGCUCAGGAGCCUGUGCGAUCCUGAGAUGGGCGGCCCUUCACCAGUCAAGACGCUCCAGGCCAAGGAGCCACAGGAGAUCUUGAAGCAGAUCCUCGCGGUGUCGGACACGGCGCCGGCAGUGUCUGUUCUCAUUGACUGUGGCGCUCUUCUCACUGGCAUGUCGAAUCGUGAAGUUGCACAGGCUGCAGUGGCGUUGUGCCCGAGAUUUCGCGCUGCCAUCUACUUCGACAAGCAGAAUCAGAUUAUGGUGCUGGACCAAAGCGGGAAGGACAUCCCCUUGGCCAGGAGCCCUCUUCAGCCAGCCCACGAGUGCUUCACCUACCUGGAUGACAAGCACACCCGCGGAACCGACUUCCGCUUUGCUCCGGCUGCGAUCGGGGCAGUCACAAUCUGUCGCAAGACGACCAAAGACAGGCUAGUCCAAGCUUGCAUGCGCAUGCGCUCCCUGGGUUUGGGGCAAAGAGUUAUGCUCUUCUUGGACGUUGAGGUGAGAAGGCAGCUGGGAAGUGAAGCCGGUGCAUGCGAGCCGAGCGUGGGUCUCAUUCUGGCCUCGGUCACUGCCAGGUCGGCGGAGGAGCUGCGGCUGGCAGUUGUGAAUUGGGCUUUGCAAGGAGCGGCCUUUGCAACUCGCAUGCCCUUCUUGCAGGAGGUCUCGAAAAGUGUCUCCGAUGUCAGGCGCUUGGCCAAGCUUUGCAGAGAACCCGAAGAUAUGAUGCUGUCUGCGUAUUGCCAGUCACUGGCCUCAAAUCCGGGCGUGGAGGAGAUUCCUCGCCGUGCGUACCAGACUCCCAAGCAGAUCUUGAUGUCAACAGAUUUCAGUGAGCAAGAGGCACACCGGUGGGGCAAAGAUGCAGAGAGUGUGAUCCAAACCCAGUUGGCAUAUUUGAAGAGGACGCAGCUUCUUUCUUCUGAGGAUGUGCUUGUUUCAUGCAUGGAUGAGGAGCAAGAAAGGGAGAGGGAACAGGAAAAGGAGAAAGAGAAGGAGGUAGAACGUGAAGUUGAAGCGGACGUGUGCCUCCCAGCGGUUCAACCCCACAGAGCUGUCACGGAGCAGCCAUGGCAGUGGGAUCAAGCUUUAUGCCCGGGUUUCCUGGCCCGUUGCAAGCACAAAAGUGACGGGCAUCCCAACCUACAUGGCAUCUCGGCAGGUGAGUUGGAAUCUUGUGGCUUGCCCUUGCCGCAAUUGCAAGAUCUGAGAGACAUGCCCACGUGCCUCUUUGUGACCAGCAACUGGCUUCACAGCGUGGUGGUAGAGGACAACUGCAGCGCGCAGGACAAGGCGCAUGCGUUGCGGAACGUUGACAUGUUUCUCGUGCUGCAUGAGAUUGAGAUAGAGACGAUCAUCCUGCUUUCGGGAUAUGAAGCCUCUCACAUUUUGCGAGAGAUGCGCAGGCAAGAGCAUCUGUCACCCUGGCACAGGGCAACACGAUCAGAACUAUCAAUCCAUCUCGGCCACUUGAAUGAUGCGGGCGACAUGGCUCUCUCCCCACGCGCGCGCCCAAGGUUACCACAUUCAAAGCACCGGGCUGUGCUGAAGCUGUUCAAUGGCUCCUGUGGCUACUCGCAGUCUGAGCGGGCUGAAGUUGCCAAAUUUCUCGGGAUUCUGGAGCCAUCAGUGCUAAAUGCUACAGCGCAAUUGUGCCCGGAGAAUGACUGCCAUCAUGUGUGGAGUGAACGGCAGGGCCGUCGGGUCUGGGACGGGUUGCGAGAUCUGAGAGUCCUUAGCAGAAACGGCUUUGUCAAUGACGUGCCGGCGUUGGAGGAUUCCAAAUUGAAGCAGGCGGUUGCAGCCGCCAUGGAACGUGAGUCGGACAAGGAGCAAUCGGGCUUGAACCACUUUGAGCUUCACAAGUGUUUGCUUCAAGUGGUAUCAAGACGCAAGAAUCCAGUUACGGUGGUGCCAGAUUUUGUGAAGUGUCGAUUGCAUGGCCAACUUUUUCAGGGAUCCGGCCUUGAGCGGCUUUUAGGCUUGUGAUCACUUCAGGCGAGCUCAAAAGGACGACGCGCAUGUUGCUCCUGCGUCCAUGUUAAACCA